UGCUAUAGUGCCGGUGCACUUUGAUCAUUUAUAUACAGAUCUCGAGGGCCUAAUUAACCAUCAAGUCCUCAAAGCUUCCACCGUCCUGAAGGCAAUGGAUUAUUUUCUCUUGUUUCCUGCAGCGAUUGAAAAGUUUCUCUUCUUCCCCACAAAUGCUACGGCCAUCUCUACCCUCGUGAUCUUAAUAUGCUCCUUGAUCUUUUGGAUAUCAAGAAGAAUCUCGAGGACUAGAGGGAAGAAAAAAGCAGCGCCAGAAGCUGAAGGAGGGUGGCCUCUAAUUGGCCACCUCCACCACUUAGGAGGGCAGCAACCGCCCCACAUAGUAUUGGGCAACAUGGCUGACAAAUACGGUCCUAUCUUCACUAUCAAGAUGGGAAUGUAUCGAGCUUUAGUGGUGAGCAACUGGGAGAUUGCAAAGGAGUGUCUAACCAUCAACGAUAAAGCUUUUGCUAAUCGUCCAAAGACUCUAGCCACCGACCUUUUGACCUACGAUGGUGCGAUGAUUGGGUUUGUCUCAUAUGGCAACUAUUGGCGUCAAAUGCGCAAGAUAGCCACAAUUGAACUUCUUUCUAACCACCGACUCGAGAAGCUGAAACAUGUACGAGAAUCCGAGGUGAGAACGGCUUUAAAAGAGUUGUAUAGAUUAUGGGAAAAGAAGAAAAAUAAUUCAGACAUGGUUUUGGUGGAGAUGAAGAGGUGGUUUGCAGACAUAACCUCAAACGUAAUAUUGAGGAUAAUUUUUGGGAAAUCUGUGGGAUAUGAGACUACAAAUGAAAGCGAAGAGAAUGAAAAAUUGAAGGUAGCAUUGAGGGACUUCUUUGAUUUGUCAGGGAGGUUUGUGGUGGCUGAUGCGGUGCCGUUUUUGAGGUGGCUGGAUAUUGGGGGACAUGAGAGAGCCAUGAAGAAGACUGCAAAACAUUUGGAUCUUUUCGCUGAAAGGUGGCUAAAGGAACACAAGGAGAAGAAAGCUUCUGGUUUUAAGAAAGGAGAAGAGGACUUCAUGGAUCUGAUGCUGGAAAUUCUCGAUGAUAAUGCAGAAGCGGUUCUAGGCCGAGAUUCCGAUACCCUCAACAAAGCCAUGACACUGAGUCUGACCUUGGCAGCCUCGGACACAACGUUGGUGACUUUCACAUGGGUUCUGUCUUUACUGAUCAACAACCCAGAUGUCUUAAAAAAGGCUCAGCACGAGUUAGACGAAAAUGUUGGUAAGGAAAGACUAGUACACGAAUCUGAUAUGAGUAACUUGGUUUACCUUCAAGCCAUAAUCAAGGAAACGCUGCGUUUAUACCCUGCUGGACCACUUUCUUUGCCACAUGAGUCAAUGGAGGGCUGCGUUGUAGCUGGCUACAAUAUUCCAGCAGGCACAAGACUCCUUGUUAAUCUUUCCAAGAUUCAUCGCGACCCAAGUGUUUGGUCCAACCCCACUGAGUUCCAACCAGAACGGUUUCUUACAACUCACAAAGAUUACGAUGUGAGAGGCCAACACUUUGAGUUUAUGCCUUUCGGCAGUGGAAGAAGGAUGUGCCCUGGUGUGUCUUUUGCGCUUCAGGUUUUGCAGUUAACUCUAGCUACGUUGCUACAGGGGUUUGAUUUUGCAAACCCAAGUACCGAACCGCUUGAUAUGAGUGAGAGCGUUGGAUUGACCAACCUCAAAUCAACACCACUCGAAUGCCUCCUUCAUCCUCGCCUUCAAUCUCAUUUCUAUCAAUAGAUUGGCCAAUCAGAGAAGUCCAGAUUUUUAGCUUAUCAUUAUCAUAAUCAUUUUAAAGUUCAUCUUAGACAACUUUUGAUAUGAAGUAGUAAAAAAUGUAAUCUGAUCUUAGAUUAGAUUACAAAUUUAUUACACGAUUGAUAAUAAAAAAUAUUUAAUUUAUCGAUGUC